CGUGCGCGCACGCACACGGCCGCGCCACGCGCGGUCGACUGCAUUCUCUAACAGAGCGGGCUAAACAACGCUAGAUAACGUUCAUCUUUGACACUCUCUCUAUUAUAUUCACCUUAUUAAACCCGAGAGCAUCAACAAGUUACCAAAAACUACCAUCGAAGUUACAUUGUUACAUUGUGUAAAACUCUUUGAUUUCAAACCUAAUUAUCAAUUAUACGGUUAGAAAUCGGAUCCAAGGCUAAAUUUCACCACGAUGGACGCAACAAUGGAAAACAAGAUGGGACUCCCGCCUCCGUAUGAGCCGACUGCCCCGAGCCCGGCGCCACCGCCCUCUUAUUUUGGCGACAACCCGCCGCCGCCGGCAGGGCUAGCAGUACCAGCAGUGCCGCCGCGCACCACCGUCAUCACGUCGCCCGCGGCGCCCGCGGCACCCGCUGACCGGCCCAUCAAGCUAGGCCCCGGUCCCACCGGUGCUUCCUGCCCGACUUGCCAUAAGUCCAUUGUGACUCGUGUAGAAUUUGUACCCAAUACUCGUACUCAUAUAGUAUCUGCGGCGCUUUGUGUUCUAGCCGGAUGUUGCUGCGGUUGUUUCGUGCCGUACUGCAUGCGCUCCUGUAAGUCUGCCAACCACUACUGCCCCGCGUGCAAAGCCUUUAUCGGAACAUACCAGCAUUCCUGAGCUGCUGCUGCUGCUUACACCCAACAAAUAUCAUAUCGGAAUCUUUUACAGUUAGGAUGUUUCAAACUAAUGUGGAAUCAGAAACUAUAAUAAAGAGCUAUAAAUCAUAUUCAGAACUAGGAAAAGUAUAUCAAGUAAAAGUAAUUUUAUUCAUAAUGCGUUAAUGUGCAAUUGUGCAAUUGUAAUCGUGGAUAUGUGAUUUAGUUUUUUAUUUAACCACUCGCUUGGCCGAUUUUAGAGAGAAUAUUAUUUGUUGAUUGCCCCGCCCGUAGGUACUUAUUCAAGGUUACAAAUGUUACAAUUGUAUAAAAAUGGUACCAGAAGCAAUGCAGUCGACAGCAACGCAGCAGCAGUUAUGCUGCUGCAGUCGCAAUCCGAAUGUAAUCUUUACUGAUCAUGCAAAUAUUAUGUGUUACUCCACUCCUUAAUCCUCAAUUGUAUUAUCUGUUAUCUACCCGCUACUCGUAUGUUAAGAACAGAAGUGAAAUGUUUUGUAUUGUGAUGUGUAUGAUGUGUCUUCUUAUUUGAAUUAAUGUGUAUAUAUUACCUAUAGGUGCAUGAAUUUUAUUGAUCUAAGGUAUAGGUACAUACUCGUAGUUAAGAGCACACUUUAUCGAAUAUUGCAAUGAUUGCACGUUAAAUGGUUAAAAGGUCUAAUCUAAGUAAAUACAAGUUCUCUUCGUAUAUGUUGUAUGAAAUCGCGAAAUGUUUAAGAAAAAUAUAAUAUGUAUUCACGAUCAAUAUAUUUAGAUACUAAUUAAGUAAAUUAAUUAUUAUACGGUGUUUUUGACAAGAGCGUGACCGGCAUGUUUUUUAUUCAACAAUGAACUGGCAAUACUCGUAAUCUUACGCGAAAAUUAUAUCUUAAAAAAAUAUAUUACUUAAUUUGGCGCUAAGUAUAGCAGUUUUUCACGAUUACUGCAAGAUGGAUUGCGACAGUGUGAAGUGAAUUUCAAAUUGAUUUGAUGAAGUAAAUCUUGGUUGUGAGUUUGUUUUGUUUCACUGAAAAAUACUUAAAUCUAGGCUAAUCUAGGGUAAUAAAGAAACUUCUCGAAGACAAUAACCUAGUAGCGCCAGUGGUAAAUGUUUGUGAUUGAUUUUGUAAAUUUUGUAGUACCUCUACAUAAUAGACUUAUUUUUAUCGGACACGCUCUUCUCGUGGUAUAUGUAUUAUAUUUGUUGUGAUAUAAACUUUAAAGAAAUAACAAGUCUCAAUUAUACUUAUAAAGAUAAA